AUGUGCGGUCCAGAAGUCACAAACCGACCUCGAGGAGGUGCGCUGGCCGCCCUCAGUGCGCCGAAAAAUGGACAUGAUGUCCCGUCAAGCUGCUUUACUCAAGGAGACCUGGCUUUCCACACACCUGGCCAGCCUGGAAGUACAGAAGCCACUCAUGCGAGACUCACGCCCGCCGAAGCGUGCCGUCUGGCGGACGUGGAUAAGCUCCGCGUCGUCAUCCACUCAAGCGGCGACAUGACCAAGAGCGCCCAUGACUGUGGUCUCUUUCGACAAUUUGUGUUCCCGGCGGCGCGGCUGUCAAACAACUAUGUCGAAUUCCCGCUUAGCUCGCCGCUUUCAUUAGAAGUCGGAAACGGUGGUAUAAUAGGAAGACGGGUGUCGGUGUCGUCGAGGUCGGAAUCGGGGCCCGAAGUGGUGAUUGCUGAGGGGAUCGUGGGAUUCAAUUUUCUUGAGCAGCCGUCACUGUAG